UCAUUUCAUUGUCAGUUUCAAAAAGAGUAUAACGUUUAGUUUACGUAAAAAGUAUCGUUCUAACCAUUGCAAGAAUGUUUUUGAGUAGAGUGAACGUUUCAAAUCGUAAUUUGAUCGCAACGAUAAUCGUGGAACAUGAAUAAUAUAUGUGCAUUUGUCCAUUUGAACUACUAACAAGUAUCGAGUGAGCAUACUAGAAUAUGUAAAACCAGUGCCGUAAACAUCGUGAACGUAAAUAUACGGUGUGCGUUCUGUGUAUACGUGUUACGUUACAGACGUCUUCUAAAUCGUGUAGAAUUUUCAUGAUUCUUAUCAAGGAAAAUUCGUCUGACUUUACGUUCGUAUGAAUCAGUUUGUUAGGACAAGAUAAUCGGUGAAGUACAUUAGUUAAAGGUAGGUUAUAAUCGAGACGUACGAUAUUGACAGUGCUGAGAAUACCGAGAAUAGUACGUUUAUAUUGGGUGUGUGAACCUUCAAAGUUAUACGAGUUAUCGAAUCGAAAAUAUUGAAGGUAGGAAGAUUUAAAAAAUAAGGGCGCACUAUCUCCGAAACCAUCGGGCGUCCUACUGCUCUAGGGUAACACAGUGGGUGCAUAGCUGCGCGGUAUGAAAAAAUGAUGUGAUCGAUGGUCAUCAUGGCGGCACCCAUGCUAAAGUGGAAGCGGAUCACAAAUCCAUCCGGACCCCAGCCAAGACCUAGACAUGGACACAGGGCAGUCGCUCUUAAAGACCUUAUGGUCGUUUUCGGCGGUGGAAACGAGGGCAUUGUUGACGAGCUUCAUGUCUAUAACACGACCACUAACCAAUGGUUCGUGCCAUCUACAAAAGGUGAUAUCCCACCAGGCUGUGCGGCAUAUGGAUUUGUCGUUGAUGGAAGCCGUAUUUUGGUAUUUGGUGGUAUGGUAGAAUAUGGAAAGUAUUCUGAUGAGCUCUAUGAACUCCAAGCAGUUAGGUGGGAAUGGAAGAAACUGAGACCUAGACCACCAGAAAAUGAUCCUCCACCAUGUCCAAGAUUGGGGCAUAGUUUCACUCUUAUUGGUAACAGAGUCUUCCUCUUUGGAGGAUUGGCUAAUGACAGUGAAGAUCAUAAGAACAACAUACCAAGAUAUUUAAAUGAUCUAUAUACCCUUGAACUGCUCCCGAAUGGACAAACAGCUUGGGAUGUUCCGCAAACACAUGGGCAUGCACCACCACCUAGGGAGUCUCAUACUGGGGUGUCUUAUUCUGAUAGUAAAACAGGAAAAACCUGUUUAGUGAUUUAUGGGGGCAUGAGUGGUUGUCGUUUAGGUGAUUUGUGGUAUCUUGAUGUUGAUUCAAUGACUUGGAACAAACCAAUGGUACAUGGUCCUAUUCCAUUACCACGUUCUCUUCAUACUGCCACUUUAAUUGGUCAUCGAAUGUACGUUUUUGGCGGAUGGGUACCACUUGUUGUUGAUGAUGUUAAAGUUGCAACUCAUGAGAAAGAAUGGAAGUGCACAAAUACGUUGGCUUGUUUAAAUAUAGAAACUUGGACGUGGGAACAGUUAACGGUUGAUACUUUGGAAGAAAAUGUUCCUCGCGCGCGUGCCGGUCAUUGUGCAAUUGGGAUGCAUAAUAAACUCUAUGUGUGGUCGGGUCGAGAUGGAUAUCGUAAAGCUUGGAACAAUCAGGUUAGGGUUUGUUGCAAAGAUUUGUGGUACCUUGAAGUUGGCAAACCAUCUGCACCAUCCAAAUUGAACUUAGUUAGAGCCAGUUUGCAAGCAUUAGAAAUUCAAUGGACACCUGUACCAUCUGCACAAUACUACAUAUUACAAAUUCAAAAGUGUAAACCUUCGGCAACAACUGGAACAUAUCCUGCAGUCAGCACACCAGCGAAUACCGCAGUACCUACUACUACAACAGCAAUGGUUACACUUGCAACUGAUUCUGCUACAUCUGCGCCUAUCACCACUGCUCCCGAGCUUCCAUCAACUCCUACCGCUGUCAAGCCGUCCAUACCACAGACCCCAGUACGAGUACAAUCAACUGUGCAAAGUCCAGUUCAAAAACCAGUAGCAUCACAAAGUGUAACAAAACCAACAAGCCCAAUGACACCAAGAGUCGCAGGAAAUCUGAUCAGAAUUCGUUCUCCCUUAGUUACAACAACACCAACAACUCCCGAACAAGCUCCUGCAACUGCUAACACUACAGUGGCAGGUCAAACACCAGCUGCUAUGUCAGGAAUUGCUGCCCUUGCUGCAGCUGCGGCUGCUACUCCAAAAAUAAGUAUGAACAACGUACCAAUUCUUCCACAAACUACUGCAAACACGAUUAGAAUGAAAAAUGUUCAACCUGGCCAACAAAUACGUUUCGCUGCACCUGGCGCAACAGUACUGAGAACUGCUUCGCCGCAGCAAAGUAAACAGAUUAUCCUUCAAAAACCGGGCCAAAAUAUAGCCGGUCAACCUCAGAUUGUACAUCUUCUUAAAACUGGACAAGGAAUGGUAGCAACUGUACCAAAAGUAAGCCUCAUUCCCGGAAAGACCGUUCAAGCAACAGGUGCAAAGCCUCUUAACCAAGGACCAACAAUACUGAGACUAGUAAAUCCUAAUACUGUAGCAGGAUCCAAGAUUCUUACAACCAUGAAAACAUCUAGUAUCGUUGCGAUGAGCAAAGGUCAGAAUAUCAGCGGUAAACAAACGAUAAUGAUCACAAAACCUGGAGGCAACGGUGGAUUAGUCGGACGCAACCAGAUAAUUGUAGUCACGACAGGUUCAGGCUUAAGAGCUGUACAAGCUGUCACUACCUCUCAAGCAGGUACUGGACAAGCAGCUAAUAUUACUACACCCGUAAAUGUUUUACCCUUAUCAGCUACCAAUCACGUAACAAAUCAGCAAGGUGUAAAAAUGAUAGUUGUUUCAUCUGGUGCGAUGGGUGGUGGAACUACCGGCAAGCCUAUCACUAUCACAGUUCCAGGCCAAGGUGGAGUACCGAAAACUGUGACUAUCGCCACUAAAGGAACUCCACAAGCCAUUUUCAAUCCCGGCAAAAGUCAAAUUGUCACUAUGCCUCAAAUACAAAAAACACCAGAAACCGUAACAGUGUCUGGCAAACCCGUAACCUUGCAAAUGUCUGGUGGCAUAGGUGCAAAGACAGUGACUCUUAUGCCCACAAGCAGUACAAUAGCAACUACUUCGAGCGUAUCGGAAACGAUAGAUACAAGCAAAAUGUUGUUUGUUCCUUCACAGAAACAACCGUCAGCUUCAUUAGCAUCCACAUCUGAUGGCCCUGCUACCACUGAUGCAGCGCUGGCUGCAUUAGCUGCGGAAGCAGGUUUAAUAGAUCCGGUUCAGGAACCUUCUGGAGACUUAUCUUUCAUGGUAUCUACAGAUGACGGUGGAGCAGGAGAUAGUAAAAUGGACGACAGCUGCAAUGGUGAUGAAACAACCACAGCAGCAGCUUUGGUCUCUCAAAUGGGAGCUGGCGAGACUAUGCAAAUUGAUAGAGAUGGUAACUUUUUAAUUCCUCAAGUUGAUGGCCCGGCCGAUGUUCUUUUAUCUGACGACGACGAAGAGAAUGAUAAGAUUGACUUGGCGGAGGAUCCUCCCAUCGAGAAUCAGGAGGAACAGCAGGUUGCAGAUUCUGCAAACAUGGAGCAAGAUCCUGCCGAUGCGCCUACGGAAAGUGUUCAUAUGGAGGAGUCUUCCAUGAAGGAUGCAGAAGUUUCCUCGGAAGGAGCAACCGAAGUUCCUGUUUCAACAAGUACCGCAGAAGAUAUUCCCGUAGAGUCUGAACCUUUUGCCGAUGCUGAACCAAAUGACAAUGAAAUACCUAUCGAAAUUGCUAACGAAUCGGAACCAUCAAACGAAACUACCAUGCAAAUCACAAGUAACGCAUCCGAAGAAGUGCAAGCAAAGUCUGAUAUUUCAAGUAUGCCAGAACCCGUAGAGGCCUCAUCGGAAGAAGCGUCGAUGCCAGACGCCAUGGAACUGCCAGAGAACGAGGAAAACGAACAUGCCGAAAGUGCAGACAUAAAACUUAUGGCUAUGGACACAUACACUUCUGAUCAUGAAAAAUCAGCUCCUGAACAUUUAUCACCCGAAGAUAGCAUAUCGCAACUUUCUCACGAAGAUAACCAAGAAAACAUGUCAAAAAUAAAACAUGAAGUUCCGGAACAGUCAAUGGAACUGCCGGAAGGAACGUCUCCUAUGGAAACACUGGAAGACACCGACGAACCUAUGACGGAUUCUUGUUUGACUUCUACCAACAUCAAUAUUCCGAUCACAACUUCUAUCAUGCAAAUAAAGUUGGAGCAGCCCGAUGAGCCGAUGAAACAAGAAAUUAAAAUGGCUGAACCAACGGCGACUAUCAAUAACGUCACUCUUAUCGAAAAGGAGAUGGAUGUUCAGAAACCAAUAACCCAAAUUAAAAUGGAAAUUAAAGAAGAAUCAAUUAAAAAGGAGCCUGUAAAACAGGAAAAGAUGAAUGGUAAUAGAACAGAAAAUGGAGACGAUUCUACGGCUUUGACUACUUUAGCUACAGCUGCCUUAGGUUCAGCGGAACAACCAAUGAAAAUUAAAGCUGAACAGAAUGAAAAAGAAAAGAAGGAAGAAGAAUGGUAUGAUGUGGGAGUGACACAAGAAUCAAGAUUUACUGUACAACAUUAUUAUUUACCUGGCGAUGAACCAUUAGAUAUAACGCAACCAUUGACUAUGGAUGUUUUUGAGGGAAGAACCAAGGUUGCCUUAGAACAAGGAACUAUUUAUAAACUUAGAAUUGCUGCUGUGAAUAGUUGUGGACAAAGUGAUUGGAGUGAGGUAUCUGCGUUUAGAACAUAUGUUCCGGGAUUCCCUGGAGCACCUAGUGCUAUAAAAAUUAGUAAAACCGCAGACGGUGCUUAUAUUUCAUGGGAACCACCACCUAAUAGAAACGAUGGACCCAUUCUGGAAUAUUCUGCUUACAUAGCAAUGGCGAACACCGCAUCGAAUAACAAUGGAGAACCAAAGACAACGUCGUCAAAUUCGAAUCUAACAUUCACGAAAUUCUAUUGCGGUACAAACAAUUCCUGUUCGGUGUCCAAUAGUUCCCUGAGUGCCGCAUACGUUGACACGACUCGAACACCGGCCAUAAUAUUUAGAAUAGCAGCACGAAACGUGAAAGGAUAUGGACCAGCGACGCAAGUUAGGUGGUUGCAGCAAGCAUCUAAUGUAUCAACAGCAGAUCCCACCAAUUACAUGGAGAAUAAUCCGCAAGUGAAGAGGCGAGGUGUAAAUAUACGUUUGCAAGCAAACUCCCCACAGAAGAAGGUGAAACUAAAGAGACCGAGUAGCUAACUUUUCUUGAGUCUGUUUUCCCUUGACCUCUUACAGCCCAAAUAUCCAAACAGCGCUAUUCAUUAUUUAAUUUCCGCUGGUACACACGCCUAACAACGACGAUGAUGAUGAAACAGUAUAUUCUUGGAAUAAACGAACGUGACAUGCGAGUAAAUGAAAGAAAUGAAUGCACGAUUAAAGAACGAUGGAAGAGGUGUCCAUAGCUACAUUGAGGUAUAAACAUAAGGGUUAAAAAAGUAUUUUAAGUGUUCUAUAUAUGAAUACAAGGUCUUUCUAUACUGCGUUUUCUGACUCACCGUUAUUCUCCUACUCCUUCGCGAAUGUGCGACCUUUUUCUGUAAAGAUAACACCAGUACUAUUAAUAAAUGGCAAGGUGGUUAUUUUGGAGUUGAACAAGUUUUUCCACGUUUAUAAAUAUUUUCCAUAAAUGUCGUGACACAUAUCGAUGACGACGACACUUGCAUCUGCGAUGAUUCGUAGUUAAAUCCAAACAUUGACCACCUUUAGUUUUAUUAUCUAACAUGCGACUUGGAUAUAGUUGUAGGGUCGGAAGAUGAUAGUAAAAUUUUUUGUUUGAGCUCUGCGAAGCUUCCGAAGAAAUGCUGUUUUUUAUUUUUUGAAUUCGUUGUAAAUUCUUGAUAGAUUGGAAUUUUUAUUAUAUCUCUAAGUACAGACUUUUUAAUAUGAAUUGGAAGUUGGGAAAACUUCCUGUUACAUUGAGAUAUUGAUUGUAAAUAUUGUAAUUGGAAAUGUUUUUUUUAAAUGUUGUUCAAAUUUUUCAUAUUAUGCGAUACGAUGCAAGUACAUGGAAUGAAAUUUUGUUUACGCCAUACCAUCCGUUUCUGUAUAGAACAUCGGUGCUAUAUCUUACUCUGAUUACUUUUGUUACUGCCAAUUACGAAGAAGAAAACGUAGACUCGAUAAGAGAAAGGAGCACGUAUUGUAAAAUUCUUUUUAAAAGUACGAAUUUACCUUUGCAAGUUUUGUUAUUGCUUUCGUCAAGAUCGCAGCGAUAUUUUGUAAAGUAAAAAGAAGAAAACGUAUGUGUUUAGUAGAAUUGCACGCGUUGUUUAUGAAAAUUACAACUUGGUUUCAAAAGCGUUGAUAUUUUGGAGAAUAAAGAAUUUGAAGAAAAUUAAGAA